CUACAGAGCGCAGUACUUCCAGGUGAAAAGUCACUUAAAAGUCUCUCAAAUAUGGCUGCCCCCUUGGAGUUGUUCUGUUGGAAAGGCGACUAUGGAUUACCUUCAGUAGAUGUCGACUGUUUAACUGUGCUGGCCUAUGCCAAGUUUGCUGGUGCUCCUCUCAAAGUUCACAAAAUCACCAACCCAUGGAGAAGCCCUACAGGUACUCUGCCUGCUCUGAAGACCAGGGAAGAAGGAAGCAUCUCCCAACCCAGUAAGAUCAUCAUUCAUCUCAGGAAACAGAAGUACAAUGCAGACUAUGACCUAUCAGCAAAGGAGGGCGCAGAUACACUUGCCUUUGUCUCUCUACUGGAGGAGAAACUGCUACCUGCACUGAUCUACACACUGUGGAUAGACUCUAAAAACUAUGUGGAUGUUACACGGUGCUGGUAUGCAGAAAACAUCUCCUUCCCUCUCAACUUCCUGCUACCCAACCGCAUGCACAGCCAGCAGCUGGAGAAGUUGAGGCUCGUGAGGGAAGACCCAGUCCUGGAGCCUGGUGAACAGCUGGAGAAAGAGCUUUAUCGUGAUGCGUUUGAAUGUAUGACUCUCCUAUCGCAGAGACUGGGGUCACAGAAAUUCUUCUUCGGAGACUCUCCCUCAUCGCUGGACGCGUAUGUGUUUGCACACCUGGCUCCUCUGCUGAAGAUCAAACUGCCAAAUGGAAAACUCCAGCAGCACCUCAACUCUCUGAACAACCUGCAGCAGUACUGCACCAACAUCCUAGCACUCUACUUCCCUUCUGACGCACGAGAGGCAACAAGUCGCAAGAUUCACGUUCAGCCUGAAAGCAGCGAUUUCGACAACGAGCCCCACAAGCGGCGUAACCAGAUUCUGUCUGUUCUGUUCGCUGUGGGAGCCAUGCUGGGUUACGCCAUCCUCACCGGGAUCGUUACGAUCAAGCGUGAACGGCCCCAGCUGAAGAACUCCAUCCACGAUGAUGGAGAUGAAGACGACGAGGACUAAAUAAAGAAGGAAACAUGAGAUGGGAGCCACAAGGGACACAAGCGCACAUUAAUGCUCACCUGCCAUUCAGAGUGAAGCUGCAUAUACUAUUACCUCAGUAUCUCCCAUCAUGCAUGUGCGCUCGCUUGAUGUAGCCUCAAGUGAGCCCAUAUUGGUGCUUUUAAUUAUUGUUAAUAUAAUUGUUACUAUAAUAGCUGUGAUCUGUAAUUUUGUCAGGUCUCACACAGGCAUUUUGACUUGAUUUACAGGUCAUUAAACGAUGUGACACAGUUUUAUGUUUUAUCUCCUAGUCUGCAUUCAGGUAAAAAAUGCAACAUCAAAAAACACUGGGUCACAUUCAUCUUAAAUGUUAAAAAGAUAAACUCCAAUAUGAGAAAAUUGGUCUGUGCUCUAUUUUAAUGGUACUACUUUUUACGUUGCAAUCCAUGCUUGUAUACAUCCAUUAUGUUUUAACAUUUUUAGACAAACUUUAAAUAUUAUAUUAAUUUAGUGCAGUGACCUGAUAUGCUGUCCUGCAGAAUAAACAUGCUGUCAAGCGAUAUUAACGUUUCCACCGCAAUGCAGUGCAGAGCAAACUUGUCUGACUUCUUAUCUUAAACCAACCAUCUAGGAGCUCUUUGACCACUCAAGACCAAAAGCUUUAUAAAUCAGCCAGAUUUGAAAGCUCUCCUGAGAACUGCUGAGGACAACUUUGUUAUUUCAUGCCAAAUAUUGCAGUUAAGUCAGAGUCUGUGGCCAUUAUACAGCUGUGUUUCUUUGUCUCAAUCUCUCACCAGAAACCCAAACCACACUGGGGUCGUCCUUUUUUUUUUUCACUAGCUUGAGCCUUCUCAAAACAACUUUACUGUCCUUACUGGUGCAACUGUAAAAUCUUGACAGGAGUUCUCAUUUAUUGCAAAGUGUUUUGUUUGGUACAAAUGCUGCUGUAUAUCUUCUGAAUUUUGUUAGUCUAUAAAAAAUAAAAAGGAAUCAGCAUGCAUGUACUUUGAAGCAGUAUUUAACAGCUUCAACAACAAAGUAGGGUACACCGUU